GACUCAUGCCCUCCGAGCCCAUGUAGGAAUUCUAGUCUCCAUGCUAAACUAAUCAAGUCGCCUCGCUGUCGUCUGGACCGCUGGCGUUCGUAGCUCGUUCGAACAGUUCGAACUACCAUGGAACUCAACAUUCUGAUUCAUCAGUGAGGACGUAGCUAUAUGUUACUGUGCUGUUUAACGCGCCGGUCAAGGUACUCUUGGGCUCCCGUCUGCGUUCCUCCUCUGUCUGCGUCUAUCGCUUCUUGCCACUUCCCCCCCUCUCUCAGUAGAGAUGUCUUUCUUUAAACCAUCCCUUUCGUUGUCACUUAUCUAUUUUCUUCUGGUUAUACCACAUGUCGCCGCCGCCAACACCAACAGAACGAUUGACGAUACGUACGGAGAUGUUGCGACAGGAAUGUCUCCUAUCUAUACAGAAAAUUGGAAUCCGGGAUCAACGUGCAUGGGAUGUGUCAUUGGCCCCUCGGCGGAGAAAGCAUACAUGGGGACCUGGCACGAUACAACCUCUGAUGAGCCUCUGGGUACAAGCAAUACUGCGCACGACGUGGCGCUGACCUUUACGGGUACUGCUAUAUGGGUCUACUGCAUCGUAGCCGAUUUCGACCGGCAGAGCAUCACAACGUUUUCAAACAUGUCCUUUGAAUUGGAUGGUGCCGCGGCAGGCACCUACGUACACACACCGACGGGAGCCGACCAGGACAAUUUCGAGUACAACGUCACCGUAUACAGCGUGGUGGGAUUGAGCAACGUAGAACACAAGCUCGUCAUGACGGCGGGACAAGGCACAAGCGCGUCCCUCAUACUGUUCGAUUGGGCAAUGUACACGUUUGACGGCGCUGAUACCACGGACCCGCCGGGUACUGCUAGUACUACGCUGAUUUCGCAGUCGGGAGGAUCUAUUCAGCCGUCCUCUUCAGCCGUGGUCGUGCCAUUGGCCUCAUCGAGCGCACCGAGCGUCUCGACGAUGACCGUCACCUCCACUCCAGCAGGUAGCGCGGCGAGCAUCCCCGACAACAGCUCUUCGGGUAGCGGUCUGAAGCCAGCGGCAUCAUCGACGACGACCAUAUCAAGUGCGCCCAGUUCGACGAGUUCGAAGAGUGGGGCUGCGAUGAAUACCCAAGUGAAUGUUAUGCUCAGUUCAUUGGCGCUUUUGCUCUCGGCUCUCGUGUGAGGCCGAUGCUGCAGCAGAGGCAUGUUGCGACUGGUGGUGUGUAUCGGCGCUAGUUCCAAAUGUCAUUUUGCUGUUCACGAGUGCUCUUCCGUCGUAUAGCAUGCACGUGGUCAAGGAAUGUACGAGCCGCAAACGUAGAUGUCAGAAAAUACAUGUCGAUGGCUCUGAGAGAUCUUCUAGCGCCGGCCCGAGGGUUCAGUAAAUUCAGUCGUUCGGUGGCUGCUUUCGCUCAUUUGUCAAGCCAAACAAGAACAGUCCGGACGCUGCUGUCUGAGACUUGUGAGUGAGACGUGGUGGGCCAUAC